AUGUCGCUCGUGUCGGGAGAGAAGACGAAUUUCCAAUUCAUCUUGCGUCUUCUGAACACCAAUGUGGACGGCAAGCAGAAGGUCAUGUACGCCUUGACCAAGAUCAAGGGUGUCGGUCGCCGAUACUCCAACUUGGUCUGCAAGAAGGCUGAUGUCGACCUGAACAAGCGCGCCGGUGAGCUCACCACCGAAGAGCUCGAGCGAAUCGUCACCAUCAUCCAGAACCCGACCCAGUACAAGAUCCCCAGCUGGUUCCUCAACAGGCAGCGCGAUAUCGUCGACGGCAAGGACUCCCAGGUUCUCGCCAACGGUGUCGACUCCAAGCUGCGUGAUGAUCUCGAGCGCUUGAAGAAGAUCCGCGCCCACCGUGGUCUCCGUCACUACUGGGGCCUGCGUGUCCGUGGCCAGCACACCAAGACCACCGGCCGCCGUGGCCGGACUGUCGGUGUGUCCAAGAAGAAGGGUGGUUAA